CUGGAAUGCAGCUGUCGCCCGCAGGCCUGGAGAUCCGCGCGGGUCCCCUGGAGAGGACACUGCCUCCGCUCGGCCCUGCUCCAACCGGCCAAGUGCACCCGCCGCGCCCAGGAGAGCCCGGGCGGUCACCCCACUGUGCGCAAGGCGCAGAGCGCGGAACCAUGCCGGUGUCGGACCAGGCAUUCGUGACGCUGGCCACCAAUGACACGUACUGCCAGGGCGCGCUGGUGCUCGGACAGUCGCUCAGGACCCAGCGGGCCACCAGGAAGCUGGUGGUGCUCGUCACCUCCCAGGUGUCCGGCCGGCUCCGGGUUAUCCUGUCGAAGGUGUUUGAUGAGGUCAUCGAGGUGAACCUGAUGGACAGUGCAGACUACAUCCACCUGGCCUUUCUCAAGAGGCCCGAGCUCGGCGUCACCCUCACCAAGCUGCACUGUUGGACCCUCACUCAGUAUAGCAAGUGUGUCUUCCUGGAUGCAGAUACUCUGGUGCUAGCCAACAUCGACGAGCUGUUCGACAGGGCGGAGUUUUCCGCGGCCCCGGAUCCCGGAUGGCCGGACUGCUUCAACAGUGGCGUAUUCGUCUUCCAACCGUCCCUCGAGACGCACGGCCUCCUGCUGCAACACGCCACCGACCACGGCAGCUUUGACGGGGCAGAUCAAGGCUUACUGAACAGUUUCUUCAGUAGCUGGUCCACGGCGGACAUCCACAAGCACCUACCGUUCAUCUACAACUUGAGCAGCAACACGGCGUACACCUACAGUCCCGCCUUCAAACGAUUCGGUUCGAGCGCGAAGGUCGUGCACUUUCUGGGGCCCACGAAGCCGUGGAACUACAAGUACAAUCCGCAGACGGGCUCGGUGUUGGAGGACAGCUCUGGGUUAGAGAACCAGCAGCAGAUGACCUUCCUGAACCUCUGGUGGACCGUCUACCAGCACAGCGUGCUGCCCCUUUAUGAGAGCUUCCGGGAUGCGUCUCCAGGACACAGCGCUGGUGUCGGAGAGCCCAGUGCAAAAUCAGUGGAUCACUCCAGCCCGCCGUGGCCGGCCCAGGGCCCUUCGGAGGAUGCUGUGGUUACGGAGGACACCCUGCCGUCACCCAAGGGAUCGGCCCCCGGGGGGGCCCCUCUCCUGCAGAACCGAAGCACGGCCAGGCUGCGUCUGGUCUUCACUCUGAAUGUGCCCCAGGCGUUCAAGAGGCAUCUGCUGCACCCCACCUUGAACUCGGCUGCCGGUUACACGGCUCUGCGUCUGGAGCAGUUUCGCCAGACCCGUGACACAAUAGGGUGGCCUGAACUUGAGACUUCCACUGGAGUGAGGUGUGACCCAUUCCCACCACCCUCCCCCGCAGGGGCAGACUUCACAGAGACCCAGACCUCCUCGCAACCUGCGGAUAAAGCAGACAGUGGCCCAUCUGUGGAAACCGUGGAGCCGAGCCAGGAGCCCCCUGUGGAUGUCAGCGGGGACCCCGGUCCUCAGGAUGCUUUGGAGGUGGACCUGGCCGUGUCCGUUUUCGAGAUCUCCAUCGAAGAGAAGGUCGAGGCGCCGAGCCCCGAGGAGGAAAGGAGGCACUGGGAGGAGGGGCGCAUCGACUACAUGGGGAAGGACGCCUUCGCCCGCAUCCAGGAGAAGUUGGACCGCUUUCUGCAGUAACGGGCGGGCGGGCGUGCUGCCCGACGUGCGGGAGUCAGCGGUGAGCUGUUGCAUGGUCCCGUUGCUCGGACAUCUCCUCCAGGCCCUUCAGACGGAACCGGGUUUCAACCAUGUGCCUCGAUUUACGGCUGACUCACCUGAGUGCCUCACAGAAAUAACGCAGCCCCGCUUGAAGCCGUCCCCAGCGCCCCCGAUGCGAGCUGCCCAUGCCUUCUUGGCUGCCCCCUCUGAGAAGCCCGUUCUUCUCAGCAGACGGGAGCAGUGCUAAACUUGUGGUAGACCCUUGCCCAUGCCCCCUGCUCUGGCUCCAAGGAGCACGAGCUCCGCCUUGCACAGGUGCUACCCUGUCUGUCCUAUGUGGGGUUAGACGUCACUGCACCUUGACCUCUGCCCGUAAGCUGAGGACGCCGUAUAUGCAUUCAGGAACCCUCAAGCGUGGAAAGCCCUUUCCCCGAAGACUAGGUAGACGCUCACACGGCUUGGGGGUGAGUCUCACGUAGACUGUGCAGAGCAUGUCUGAGAAACCCGACAGCUAUUUCUUUUAUGCAAAACCCAACGGGACUGCCGAGUGCCGAUGGCUGACGCCCAAUGGGGGAAAUGGCGGAGCUGACGGAAGGGACAGCAGCCAGCUUGGGAGAUAGAGCGUCUUCUCAGUUUGGAAGAACCAAGGGUUCAUGCAGUGCAGGUGUUCUGGCGACGCCUCUUGCACGCUAGGAGCAUCUCCAGAAGCGCUUUGUUGAGAGGCAGUCCGUCCCCCUUGACUGCGUGAUGCUGGAAAUCAUCACUACCUCAGCCUACAUAACGGGUCCAGUCACCGUGCUCUCCACGUCAAGGCUGCUGUUUUGGGAACAAUUCUCACGUUUAUGAGACGGGAUGCUUGACUCCAUGAGAAAUCCUCAUCUCCAGAAGUGUCCUGGUCUUACGAAUUCAUGCAGCACGCCGGAUACCUCAUAGGGUCGCUGCUUCUGGCCACCACAGUUGCAAUUAAAAACAGGCAUCUCCGAGCUAGAGAGGGGACUGUGAUGUGAUUUGUCUUGCACGUACUGUGAAACAUCGGUGGGUGUUGUACCCAGGUUUGGGCCACACGGUAACGGCUGUGUUAUGACCUGGUAAGUGUGUUUGCCCAUAUUUCGCAUCAUGUGAAGCAGGGGAGCCCUUGGGUAGGUGAAUCUGGGGAGUCUAUGACACGAGUUGUGCCGUGAGCUUUUGCACCGUGUGAGUUAUGUAACGCUUUGUUUCCUUCCGCUCUGGGAGGCUAACGGUCUGUGGUCUUAGUUGACAUCACACACAGGAUGCUUUUGGGGCUAAUUGAAGACAGCCAUAUGGAUACAGCCUUAGAGGGAUUGGGUCGGGAUGGCACUCAAUCAUUAGAAUAACACUACAUUUAUUUGGGGGAAAGUCGACAGGUGUUGUGUGCUGUGGUGUUAGGCUAUGAGCGACAGGAGCCCAAGUCUGACAUACGUAAGAAGGAGGAACCCAGACGACAAAUAUUCGAGUCUGGUUUGCCUCCUAUAGGGAAGAGAACUCCUGUUUCCAGACAGUGGUUCACUGGCUUAAAGAAUACAUUCAACACAGAAUUCUGUUAUGCAUUCUGGUCUACAUCUCCUGAUUUGAAUGGAUGCUAACGCAUAAAAUUAAAAAUUUGAAACAGCAA